GUACCAGCCAGUCUGAAGUGACAAAAACACAACAAAACAAACGAGUCAAACGACCAAAACAGUUUCUGAAUUUACUGACAAUUUGCAGGCACAGAUCGCCAAAUUCGCAGAACUUUUGAGAGAAAAUCCAGACAACGCUAACGAUGGCGACUGCGGUAGCUUCAAGGUUCGCGGUCCUCAGCCUGGACGUGGAAGACGACAACGGAAAAGUGAGGAAGGCGGAGAAAAAGAAGGCAGCCGACAGCUCCAAAGACAAAACUAAAACCCAACCAGGCAAACAGCAGCAGCAGCAGCAAGACGCGAAAAAGAAGGCCAGCAAGAAGAAGUCUGAUAGCAACUCGCAAAGCAGUUCAAAAAGUAAGAGUGGCCCGGCAGGCCAGCAGCAAAAGCAGGCGAAACAGACGGCCAAUUCCAGUCAGUGGGAAGAUUGGAAGAAAAAGGACCAAGAGUUUGUUUCCGAGUCGUAUGAGCAAGAUCUGCAGGAGGCCGUUCUGCAGUCAAAACUGGAGUUUGAAGAAGUGCGCAAACUUCGCAAGGCGGCUGGUUUGGAUGACAAUGUGGUGGACAAGUCCAAGAAAAAAGGAAAGCCUCUCAAACCGCAGCCAAUGUCGUUGGAAACAUUCAACAAAAUGAGUGGUGACGGAAAUAAAAAGGAAGAAAUUCCAAAAGAGGAGGCUGAGGAAUAUGGAAAUUUCUUUGAAAAAAUCAACGAGUACGCUGCAGAAGCUAUGAACCUAGAAUUGAAGACUGCGCAUUUCAAAGCUCGACAGGUUGAGCCACAAGCAGAUGUGCAUGUGACACUGGCCCAGUUCCAAGAUGUCCUGGACAAGAGAAACAAAGAAAUUGUCGAACUGAAGGAAUUAGUGACCAAGCUGGAGUUUGAACUUUCUAAUGUCAAAGCCCGCAACUCUAAGUUGUGCGCGAUGCUUGCUCAAGGAGAAAUGAAAGACAAGGUUGAUGUUCUGCUGGAAGUUGAGAAACUGAAGACUGCCAGAGAAGAGUUGUCUUCCGAGGUGCAAAGUCUGUACGGCCAGUUGGAACAGGAGCGCUCAAAAGUCAGCGCACUCAGCCAGCCAACCGAGAAGGGCAAAUCAAAGGGCAAGAAAUAAGUUGAAACUGCCUGGAAGCUUUACCACAGUGAGAUACAAGUGCUACUGUUUCAUGUUCGUGAUUUCAAAGACUUAAAAUAUCUGUGCUGCAAUUGAUCAGUUCAAUGAGCUAUUUAUCUUUUCUGAAAAUAUGCAUUCCAUACAGUUGAAAUAUUUGAUUAACGCUGUAAUACUCAGUAAGAUUUCAAAAAAUAAAAUAAUAAAAUUUGUCUAAAAGUACUGUGAAGUUAUUAAAAUUGA